AUGCGCGAUGAGGCUCAAAACGUGCCUGCAUCGCCGCUGGCUGAAGAGAUGAAGGUCGCGUCCCCGGCGGCUGAAGAACCAGAAGCACCCGCCACGUCGAGGUCAAAACGGCGGCGAUCUUCGCAGGGCGCCGUGACUGAGGAGAGCCAGGAGGUGCCUGCUGCAGAGACGCCUUUGAGAGCUGGACUGCGGUCUAGUGGACGACAGCGGAAAGCGCCGCAGAGGUAUGGAGACGAGGUCGUGGACUCGCCCUCGGGAAGAAGAAACGCUUCAACACCGGGUCAGAACGGGUCGGCGCCGAGAAGCGCUCGGAAGGUGAAAUAUGUUUCGGAUACAGAGGGUGAAGAGGAGGACGAAGAAGAAGAGGAGCAAGAAGAGGAAGAGGAGCCGUCACCACAGCCCAAGAGGCGACCGACAAGAACACGGUCGAAGAAGCCCACUGUACGAUUCGAAACAGAUAAUGAGAAAGCGUCGAUGAAACGGGAAGAGUCGCAGCAGCCUCCUACACCAGAUGAUUACCAGGAUGGGCUGGAGGAUCUCGUAUCGAUCCAGCUACAACAGGACCUGGCUAACAAUGAGCUGGUGAGCACGGAUACGUCUACUGUCAGGGGAGGACCGCUUCCGGAGUAUGCCCAAAAGCUCCAGUCACUCGUGCAGGAAGGCUUGACAGAGGAGCUCCGGCUGCUGACAGGGAUAGUUACGGAGAAGCUGAACGGCAAACGACGGGUGCCGCUGAAAGGGCUAGACACGGAGUAUCACAAGGUCAACCAGCUUGUUGAGCAGACCGUCGAAGUUGGAGAAGGCAACUCGAUGCUGCUCCUUGGGUCGCGUGGCAGUGGAAAAACCGCAAUUGUCGAGACAAUCAUCGCAUCGUUGGCAAAGUCGCACAAGAACGACUUCCACGUUGUCCGACUCAAUGGCUUCCUGCAUACGGACGACCGAUUGGCUCUUCGUGAGAUGUGGCGUCAGCUUGGACGUGAGACAAACACCGAAGACGAAGCUGGCAAGGUGAGCAGCUAUGCUGAUACCAUGGCCACCCUCCUUGCUCUCCUGUCGCACCCGGAGGAGCUCUAUGGUCCGUCCAAUGAUUCGGAGACGGCGACCGCCGCCAAGUCGAUUGUCAUCAUCCUGGACGAGUUCGACUUGUUUGUCACCCACCCGCGCCAAACCCUGCUGUACAACCUGUUUGAUAUCGCCCAGGCCCGCAAGGCUCCGAUUGCGGUGAUUGGGAUCACCACCAAGGUGGAUGUGACGGAGAUGCUGGAGAAGCGAGUCAAGAGUCGCUUCAGCCACCGAUACGUCUACGUGCCGCUGCCCCGAUCCCUGGAGACCUUUUCGGACAUCUGCUUCGCGGGGCUAAACCUGGAAGACGGGGAGAUUUCGGAACUGCUGGAUGAGGUCGAUGCCCAAGAGCAUGUCAUCCUUAAGUCCGACAGGUGGACCCGCUUAUUGGAAGGAUGGCGAGCUUAUCUGCAGGCACUCUGGAUCGACGAGGCGUUCGCAUCCCACCUACGACGCAUCUACCACCAAACCAAAUCCGUGAAGAAGUUCUUCACGAGCGCCCUGAUUGGGCUGAGCGACCUCCAUCACAGCACCACCUACCCUGUGACCCCCGAAGGAACGUCCCCCCUGGAGAUCCCAACCGCGAGUACAUUCACCAGUCAGCUUCUGUCCUGCCCUGACCCCGCCCCUCUACCAUUCUCCGCAUCGACCACAACCUCCGCAAGCCCGUCAUCCCUGCCACUAUCGCUCCUCCUCGCGGCGACACGCUUGGCAGCACUGUACGACACAGGGCUCGAGACAAUGCAGCCGCAGAGCACUGCGCCUCUGGCGCUGUCAUUCCCCGCGGCAUACGCCGAAUACGUGCGACUGCUGACGACGGCCAAGACCUCGGCGUCAGUGUCCGGGGCUGCUGUCACCCCGGGACGGGUCUGGGGUCGGGACGUGGCGCGCGAGGCCUGGGAGAAGCUCGUCAGCUGGGGAUUGAUCAGUCCGGUAGGCGGAGGCAGUGGCACGGCAGACGGACGGAUGUUCCGGGUGGAAAUCAGCUUCGACGAGGUGGUCGAGCUGGCCGGGACGGGAGGAUCAUUAGGACGAUGGUGGCGGGAUGGCUGA